GUUCAAAAUCAUGCAAUGAUUAUUUAUGGAGGGAACGAGUUUACACUUUUAAGUCAAAACUGACCCAAUAUGAAUUCGUCGUAUUACUUUAUCAGGUGUUCUCGGACCACUGUGUAUUUAGAAACCAAUGGAGCGCUGUAUGCAGCAGUUUGUUUUAGUUUUAUUUUAUCUGUUCCAAUUAUUUUUUUAAAUUUCUACAUUGUUGGAAUAACCUAUUACAGUCGGAAUAUGCAAAACCCUGCAAACAUAUUGUUAGCUAUUACAUCAUUUUGCGAUUUAUUAAUUGGAAUGUUUUCAAUUUUUCCGUGGGGAGCUGUUGUGAUAAUGUCAACAUUACGGACGCAUAAUUGUAAUUUAUUUUUAUUUGUGGUUUUUACAGUUUACUCGCUUGGGUUUAUAUCUUUCUUAACAGUUUUCUUGGGUUCAAUUGAUCGGUAUCUGGCAGUUUUUCAACCUUUUUUGUACCAAAAGCUCAUUAAUAAUAAUCCACGCUUUUACUUCAAAUGGGUCUGUAUUAUUGCAAUUUGUGUUUUUUUAGUAACAGGAUUGAGCUUUUUAACCGAAAAUAAAAAAUUAAUUGAGCUAGUUAUAAUAUUCAUGGCUCCGAUAUUUAUACUGAUAGUUUUUUAUAUUCAUGCUCGACUGCAUAUCAGAGUAAAAAUGGUUCAAAAAAUAAUUUUAACACAAAAUCCAAAAGAAAAUUUUUCAGAUGGAAAUAAAAAUAAUUUCAUAGAAAAUAAAAAUGAGCGUAAGUUAAAGGACCGGAACUUAGUUGCGAGAAAAAAAGUUGAAAAAGACAUGAAAAUGAACAACUUAACAUUAAUGGUUUAUUUAUCUACAAGCAUUGCGUAUCUACCAUUCGUUUCAUUGCUUAUUUUAUGGCAUUUUAAAAGUAUUAGCUAUUCUUGGUCAUGGACACAAACAUUUUAUUUGUGGGCAUACUCUCUGACAACAACUAAAUCUUUAACAAAUCCUGCAAUUUACUUUUAUCGAUCUAAAAUAUUGCGUCGGAGCUUUAGUCGUAUAAGUAUAAAGCUAUCAGAAUCCUAAUGAUAAAAUCAUCGAAACUAUGAGUAUUUUAUGAGUGAUAAAAAACCUGAAACAAAUGAGUUUGCUCUCGGUAAAUAAUAGAUUUUGCAGAUCUUACAGAGAAUUUAUGAUGUUUAACUAAUUUUAUACUUUCUGUAUAUUUAUAAAAAUAUUAAUAUUUAUAAAAUAUUUCUGUAUAAUUAUAAAAAUAUAAAAGUGUAAAUACAUAAAUACUAAAAAAAAAGCUUUACCACAAACAAUUAAACCAAAAAAAAUUAAAGAAGAAGUCAUUAAAAUAGCCAUAAACCGCAUCAAAUAUUACAAUUAACCACAUCAAAUAUUACAAGUUGAAAUCGAAACGUUCCAAAAUUUUAAAUGAAUUAAAUUGAAGUCAAAAUCUGUAACUUUUCAAACUCAUACAUUUAAAUCAAAGCAUCAGAUUUUUCAAAUUCAUAACUUCAAAUCAAAGCAUCUGACUUUUCAAAUUCAUUAACUUAUCAAAUUCAUUAACAAAUUAUCAAAACAUCGAAGCUUCAAAAUUUAAGCAAAACAAUUUUUACAACAACUGUGAAAAUUUGAGCUGAAAAAUUAGAAUUUAACGAGGUGUGUACAGAUCGUUUGUAUGGUAUUGCUAGUUCCAUCUAAAUGAUUUUAUUUUAUUUUUUGAAAAUAUUAAUUCAUAUAUAUAUAUAUAUAGUUUUUAUAUUUUGUACUAUAACUAAAUAUACGUUUGUAUUUUAUUAUCAUAUUUAGAUUAGUAGCAACUAUGAAUAAUGACCCACAGUUAGUAAACACUAACUGGAUAAUGACAUUUAGUAACCACUGUGGAUAAUGACAUUUAGUAACCACUGUGGAUAAUGACAUUUAGUAACCACUGUGGAUAAUGACAUUUAGUAACCACUGUGGAUAAUGACCCAAAUCAAAAUUUUUAACUGCUCGAAAGGAUUUAAUAGUUUUUGCUCGAAAUGAUUUAAUAGUUGCAACUUUAGUAUUCUGUUAGGAUAUUCA